AUGGCCCCCGGGCCCUCCGGCGCUGCAGCGCCGGCAGCACAGGAGCUCGUUUCUGCGCUCACCCUCGCCCUUCGGGCUGCCUUUCCGGACCCGCCAGCCCGACGUGCUCGUGUCACCCAGAUGGCGCAGCCCAUCCCCGACGCCACGACAGAUGACGACGAGGAGGACCUCCUCUUCCACGGCUUCCCCUCCACCCAGGACCCAGUCGGACGCUACCGCGCCCGCAUCCCUGAUGACUCCGACCAUGGUUCGAGUAGUAGCUCCGAGUCCCCACCCCGUCGCGACCCCCGCUACCCACGCCACGUCAACCCCACCCGUGCCCCUACCGGAAGUAGAGGCCAGCGGUUGUUUACCACCCGCGACCCACCCACCCGCAGAGACUUCAGAAACGCUCUGCUCUACGUCGACCGAGCAAGUCGACAGUCCCGAUUUUUCGGGACCCGUGACGUCGUUGAGUUACAGACUCUCGAACUCUUCUUGCAAGUCUGGGAUUCAGAUCCCCCCCUCCGACCUUCAGCCAAGCUCCGAGUGUUUGACAGGGUCCGCCUCUUAUACCACGUGGCCCUCACCGGCUGGCAGACCGCCCUCCAGGGCUACGCUGACCCUACCGCAUCCUACCUUCUGGGAGCCCCGCUCCCCACUCAACAGCCCCCCCCUCCAGCAUCCGACCGGCCCUCCAGGCAGCCCAACCGUGGCCGAGGUGGAGCCACCCGCGGCAAUCGGCCCAGACAGCCGACUACCCGUGCCCGCGACGUCCCUGACGCCGCAGAGUGA